CAAACGUCUUUGAAUUAAAAACUGCUCUGCUGUCAACCGAUUUCGGUUGCGAAAAACUGAGUGAUUAGAAAGAUAUUAUACGAGCAUUGUCCUUAAGUUAUACAUUGGUAGUGGAACUUCGUCGUAUUAUACGAGAUAUACUUGCUGCCGAUGUGCUGAAACUUCAGUUUAGUAUCACAGACAGCGCGAACUAGAAAGAAUUCGCAAGGUUAAUGUUGGCACUACUACAUAAUCAAAUACAAACUUAAAAAUGUCGUCAUCAGGAGCGGAACAGCCGGCAACGGAAGAAAACGUCGAACCGCAGUCGUCGGGGAGUAAUGGUGUGCCAGAAACUGCACAGGCUACAGCAGUUCGUGAAAGUGAACCACCACCUGCUCCACCAGCACCAGCAGGAGAGGCACCUACCAAGAAGUCCAGGGUAGACCUGCAAUCACUACCAACAAGACAGUACUUGGACCAGACUGUUGUGCCAAUAUUGCUUCAAGCACUGUCGACAUUAGCAAAAGAAAGGCCUCCUGAUCCAAUAAGCUUUCUGGCAGCCUACCUGCUGAAAAACAAGAGCCAUUUUGACCAAAGUGGAGCACCGCAGAACUCAAGUCAGUGAUGAUGAAGUUCAGAGGCAUAAUAGACAUACGCACAUUUGAGUUGUGGAAUGUGAAGAUCUGUGGUUUCAUAUUUUUAUCAUAUUCGUCGGCAUUAUAUUCAAUGUAACCUCUUCCACUUUCAUUAUGAGAUACAUAGGUGGGCUAGAAAUCAUUUGUCAUUUAUCUUUGUGAAAAGUGACUACCAUAUUUAUGAACUGAGCAUUAGCUACUUUGUUCAUGGUGAUUUGGGUUGGCACACUUUCAUAUUGACUGUAUUUCACAAAGAUUGUGUGUAUUAUUGUCUUCUAUGCUGUACCUAAUGAAAUAUGUAUUAUAUUACGUGUAUGUUGUAGACUGGAUUUUUAACGUGUAAUGACACUAUAUUAAUACAUUUUAAAAACUAA